AUGACCAGCAAGGUGUUCCUGGAGGCGGCUUUCAAGCUCGGCCAAGCCUUCGUGGAGGCCAACGACAUUAAGUACUCGUUGAGCUCCAAGGACGUCCUGGCGCUCGGGGGCUCGGAGCUCUCGCGACUGUCGGAGCUUUUCGAGUCCGACUACGAAUGGAGUCAGAAGGGCCGAGCAUUGUUUAAGCCGCCCCAGCAGCGCGUGGUGGAUCGUGAUGAUUGCUGUGGGGACGAUCACUGGUUCCUGCACUGGAUCGCCGCGUACCAGAUGCCGCGAGCGCAGACUGCGCAGGUCUCCCCGGAGCAUCUGGCAAGGCGGCGCGACAUGGGUACAUCAUCGACGCGUUUGCCAUCGGAGGAGGGCGAAAGACGUGAGCCUGUGCCCGAGGAGGCUUCGACAUCCCCAUGCGACAGCGCGUCGCAGGUGGAGUCAUUCCACACGUGGCCACCAGCGGAGGUGGUCCAGCUGAUGGAGGAGGUGAGGAAGGAAGCAGACCUCGAGAAUGCCAUAAGUUCGGUGCCACCGCCGCUGCGUCCGUCGGCGCGCCGUCUGCAUGAGAAGCGAGUAGCCGACAGGUGGGCAGUCUGCGAGGGCAGAGGCGGAUGUAUGGCUGGCUUGCUCCGAUGCCUGUUGCCUGCGUUUCCGCGCCCAGGCCAGCCAGUGGAAGGCGCAGUGUACACCUCCUGCGGGGAGGUCGCAGCUUUCCUCGGCUUUGCAGAGGAACUGCGAGCCACGCAUGUGCGCUCAAGGCCUUGGCCUCCACACCCGCAGGGUCCGAUUGCAUGA